CUAAACCUCUCUUCUUCAUUGCUUCUAAAACCCUAACUUCCAGAGCUCAAUUCCAGCCGCGAUUUCUAGGGCUAAGAAAUUAGGGAAAAUCAUGGGGCGGGCAUACAAAAUGAAAGGGCAGAAGAGGAAGAACAAAGAUGAGAAAUACGAUAGAGAGCAAUCAGUCGAAAUGGCGGAGCCGUCGAAGAGAGUGAAGACAGACGCCUCGGACUCUGAAAAGGAGGAAAAUUUGGUUGCUGAUAUGCCCGGGAUUCCGAUUGCUCCACUGGAUACGGGAAGUAACAAGCAGCGAGUCAUCUUUGUUCUCGAGAAGGCCUCUUUGGAGAUUGCCAAAGUUGGAAAGACUUAUCAGCUAUUGAGUUCCGACGAGCAUGCCACCUUUUUGGCGAAGAAUAAGCGGAACCCCGCCGAUUAUCGCCCCGAUAUUGCUUUUCAGGCAAUCCAAACAAUUUUAGAUAGUCGCGUGAACAAAAGUGGGAGACUGAAGGCUCUGUAUGUAAGGACACAACAAGGUCUUCUAUUGGAGAUCAAGCCCCACGCGCGUCUGCCAAGAACAUAUAAGAGGUUCUCCGGUCUCAUGGUACAAUUGUUGCAAAAGCUGCACAUUACUGCAACUGGCAAUGGUGAAAAGCUUUUACGCCUUGUGAAGAACCCUGUGACCCAGUAUCUACCCACCAACAGCCGUAAAAUAGGCUUCUCUCAUAGUUCGGAAAAGUUGAUUGACAUGCACAACUAUGUUGGUAAAAUCAACGAAGAAUUGGAUUUAGUAUUUGUGUUAGGAGCAAUGUCCCAUGGAAAAAUUGAUGAAGAUUAUGUUGAAGAUUAUAUUUCAAUCUCCGAAUAUCCAUUGAGUGCUGCAUAUGCCAUUUCGAUUAUUACAAAUGCUGUAGAGCGAAAAUUCAAUAUCUUGUAAGUCGUAGCCAAAGCCCCCAGUAAGUUUGGUUUCGUAUACAAGUGCAAGCAGUGACGACUUAAGCAGAUUUUCCGUUUUUCCUGUGCCAGAUUGUAGUUUUUUUUUGCUCAGACUGCAGUUAUUGAUUCAUAGUAUGAUCAUUGAAUGUGAUAUAGGUUAGCUUCUACUACUAUAUUUUUGUAUUUGUACGCUCUUAUGUUGUGAAUUUUGAGAUAUAGUACUUCCAUUUUAUGUUGUGAA